AUGCUACUGUCGUUGGCUUCGUCUCUGAACAGUGUGCCGCUUCCCCCUGUCUCUAAUCGCUACGGCAUUCGACUUCCCGCGCCGGAACACUGUCUCACAAAUGUCAACUUUUCUAUUGUACCGGAUCCCCCCCCCGAUGCGCAGUUUGGACAGUCCUUUGUUCGACCAUCAAAUGGUCCGAAAGAAUCUCGCCAGGAUGGCGUUCCAAGUGGGGCUGGAGACACGCCCAUGGCUGACGGGGACGAGAACGAAUCACAUGGAGUCAAGCGUGUUCUCGAAGAGGAUGAGGACUAUGAUUAA